GCUUGUUCCCUUUGCUGUGUGGGAAUAGCUAUCCUGGUUAUAAACACUUUUAUACCAGUGUAACUAUGCCCUCAUUAGGGAAGUUGUACAACUGCAUCUGUACUGGCAUUGUCCUGAUCACUGGUGGCAUCAAUGGGGUUAAAGUAGUAAGACCCGCAUCUGAAAUCUUUCUCAGUUACUUCUUGAGGAGCGCUGCAGCAGCUGGGGUCAGAAUGCAGCCACCCAGACCUAAGCUUACGGAGCUGACUCCCUGGGUCUCUCUGUGACCUUUCUAGGCUUUGAUGCUAUGCUCUUCGCUGCAGUAGGUGAGCACAUGAAGCCCCAGCUGGGAGUGACUGCAUAGAGAAGGUGCUGGCAGUCUGGAGACACUGUGGCUCCCACACACACUUAGCUCUGUUUCACUUUGUUUCAGCAUCCAUCUCCUAUCUGCCAAGGUCUGCGCUGGCAAAGGCAGGAUUAGAGAGGUCUGAGGAAGGAGGCAGCCAUGACCAGCUCCCCUGUCUCCAGGGUCGUUUACAAUGGCAAGAGGAACAGCAGCCCUCGCUCCCCAAGCAACAGCAGUGAGAUUUUCACCCCUGCUCACGAGGAGAAUGUGCGCUUCAUUUAUGAAGCCUGGCAGUGUGUGGAGCGAGACCUUCGCAACCAGAUGUCGGGCAGUGAGAGGGGCCUGGUGGAAGAGUAUGUGGAGAAGAUACCAAACCCCAGCCUAAAGGCAUUUAAACCUGUUGACUUGAGCGAUCUGAAGAGGAGAAACACACAGGAUGCUAAGAAAUCCUAAGGCAGGUUCUGCCUGCUGAUUGGCUGGUGUCCUGAGGUCCUCAAGCAAAUUUAAUUUGAAGAUUUUGUGUUGAUUUCCUCCUCUGGUGUGUGUUCUGCCCGUGGAAGAGCUGGGCGGCUUUGGGGCUGGCUCUGAAGCUACCCAAGUUUGAACUCCAUUGCGGAUGCCUAGAGCGUGUUGUACUGGAUUCCUGCCCCUUCCCUGCAGCCUCGCCCUUGGGCUGCCUUUCUCUACUGCGUGUUGGGCCCACAAAGUCAUCUUACUCUUCCUCCCAGCUCUGUCCCCAGUCGGCCUUGGGCUGCUCGAUUGGCUGCCGAGUGGUUGGUGUGGUCCCUGGGGCUCUGUUGCUAGGGAGGACAGAGCUGAGUGGCUGCGUUUGGGCCAGUGGAGGCCAUGCCUAGUUCACCCCUUCCCCAGGUAUCGAGGAGCAGCUCUUGCUGCGGACAGGCUGAGAGGAGACAGUGGGGCACGUUCAGAGGCUGGAGGAGGAGCAUGCAUUGUUGGUCCCUGCUUUGUGCCCCAUGACCAUGGCGACUCAGUGCCAGCAGGCUUGCAGGCCUUCCCCACAGCCGUGCUGCUGGGCAGGUGACCCUUCCCCCUCCCCUUGCUUGUCAAGUUGGUGGGGUUAGUUUGCAGCUGAGCCCCUAGCAAUUGGUUGCUAACAGCUUCUGGGCUUGUGGGACUCCAAGAUAUUGUCCAUAUUAAAGCGCUGACUGGCUCUCUUCCCCAUAACAGGGCUGGGGCAGGUCCCAUGGCUCGGGGGGCAGAGCUGCUUCCUGCGAGGCCUUGCCCUGCUGGAGCUAGGAGGGGUGCCCCCUUGGCCCUGAGCCCCAGAGACCAAGGUGCAUUUACAGCUGGAGUCGUGGACUAUUCUCCGCUCCCUGCCAGGUGCCCUGGCAGCCCCUUCCAGGCAGGAAGGGUGGGGUGGGGCAGCAUUUGCUGAGGGAGGCUUGACUGUGGGAAGUUGUUUCUAUCUGCGUCCUUGCCUGGGCGACAUCUCCCAACGUUAAUACUAGAGGGAUUCCCCAGCCCUCCUGCCCCCUUCCUGCCCCCCUCCCUCCAGCUGUCUGGGCCCUCCGUGCAGUAACCCCCUUCCUGGCCAGGCCUGUUCUGUGGGGUGGGCCUGGAGGGGGGAGGUCGUUACACAGCCCCUAGUGGAGCCCAGCUCACUUCCUAAGCUCGGGCAGUUUACAGCAGGCUGCUGCUGCAGUGCCAGGCUGAAUGCCCUCUCCCCACCCCCGGGCUCGGAAAGCACUUCGGAAGAUGGCCCUCUUGGGACCCUAGUACCUGACAAGGCUGGGAGGUCUCAGCAUGACCCCACUCUGAGUGGUUCUGCCAUCACUGUUGCCCUGUGAAGCACAACCCCACCAGUCGAGCGGCUGCCACCAGCACUGCAGGAGCAUUGUGGUCCCAGAGAGCAGCCCCCUGCGUGGUGCUCGCAGGGAGGGGAGCUGCCAAGUGCUCUGCCCAGCUCAGAUGGUGGCAGGCACUGGCAGCCAGGCACUGCAGGGCUAAGAGCAGUGCAGGCAGGAUUUGUGGUCACUGUUACCUUCCCUUUGUUGUUAAGUCAAUGACCUAUGUUGUUCUUUCGCUCUGUCUGUCACUUGAGGAGUGUUGUAAAUAAACUGGUUAGUCCUUUUGA